CUCAAAACAAGAGAAAGAGAGAGAGAAGUAGCAGCGAGCUCGAGCUCUUUCCCCCGAUCGCGAGGAAUUGAGAGAUUGAAAUCGAGAGGCAAAGGCGAAGUUGAGCGGAGUGAAGCUCGCCAGAAGACGCAGUGGAGUGAGUGGAAUCGGAGAAGCUACUUCUCGUUCGGCGAGUCUCAGUAUCUCUCACGUUCUACUUCGAGAACUCCAUUAGGGUUUAAAGCGGAAAAGAUGAGAUUUUUAGCUGCAUUGCCCUCUUCCAGUGAUUUGGAGGCUGUUCUGAGAUUGAAAAGGAACAUAUUUUGAUAUGUGGGUAGCUUAGAUGAAGUGAACAGUGAGAAGGGGAGUAUAAUUAGCUUAAUUGUGAUUGAUUUAGUGAGAUUGAAUGGCUACUGUUCACUGAGAGAUGCCGCCAACAUCGUUGCCACUCCCACCGCAGCAAUCUCGGAUCAAUCUUAGUGAUUUGAAGUCCCAGAUUGUUAAAAAACUUGGCCCUGAUCGGGCCCAUCGGUACUUCGAUCACCUCAAUCGGUUGCUUUCACAGAAACUAGGCAAACAUGAAUUCGACAAACUUUGCAUUUCAAUUCUUGGCCGAGAAAAUGUCAUGCUGCACAACCAGCUCAUUAGGGCUGUCCUCAGGAAUGCAUUUCAUGCAAAAAUCCCACCCCCAGUCACUCAUGAUAAGCGGUUGUCCCACCUGUCCAAUGGCGAGGCAUUGCCAUUUUCCCCAUGCAGAUCAAGGUCUAACAAAGAUCGGCCUAGUCCUGUACCACCCAGUGAGAUUGUUGCACGGCGGGACGGUGACUUGAGCUCCAUUGUUUUAAAAAGACCAGCACAGUAUCAUCAAUCAGGCAGUGCAGAGCGGCUUCAAAAGAGGCAGCGGACGGACAAGCCUUUGCUGCACAACCAGUUUUCGUUACAUGGCAAGAGUCUGGUCGAGGUGGCUGCUGUUGAUGACCAGGAAGAUGUGGGACGAAAAGAUGAUUUUGAAUGCAUUAGAGGUCGUCCUCUCCUGGCUCCGCUUGGAAUUCCCUUUUGUGCUGCUAGUGUAGGUGGGGCUCGAAGAUCUUUGCCUUUGAAUAUCAGUGGUGGCACUGUUGGUUCUGUUACCAGUUAUAAUUGUGGUGAAUUGUGCAAUUCUGAGGAUUUAAGAACACGGAUGGAAAUCGCACAAGGGCAUGGAUUGGGAGGAGUGACAAUUGACUGUGCCAAUCUACUGAAUUAUGGUCUGGAUGCAUACUUGAAGCAGUUGAUUAGCUCAUCGGUUGAUUUGUUAAGAGCAAGGACAGGCCAGGAACUGUUAAAGCAGCCAAUGUUCAAGCUGCAGUCUCAUGGGAAACCUAUCAAUGGUGUUUGGCAAGGAAGCCACAUGUACAUACAAAAUAACGUUGGACCUUUCGAGAUUGUGCAUAAGCAGGAAAACCACAGUCCAAUAUCUCUUCAGGAUUUUAAGGUGGCUAUGGCGUUAAACCCUUGUCAACUUGGGGAAGACUGGCCAUUGCUUCUUGAGAAAAUAUGUCUUCAUUCAUUUGAAGAAUAAGACAGACCCACACCAAAUCUCUGGGUCUUCUGAAAUCAUGAUGCAUUUUCAUUUCUGAAAUCCAAGGGCUGGGUCUUCGGUGCUAGUCCAGUUAAAUGAAUGCUCUGUGGCAUAAAAAACCAUUCCUUUAUUGUAACUCCAUGUCAGAGGAAAAGAUUCUGUAGAAUUCCACUCCUGAAGAAUAACAAGUCUGUCAGAUUUAUCUUUCCUGAUGGAGUUAGAAAACCCUUCUAUUCUGUCCGUAUGUUGUACAGUAACAUUCAAUAGGGACUUGCUCGCCACUUGAACCAACAAGUCAAUCCUUUGUGUAACUUGCAGUCAAUGCGGAUGGAAUCUGAAGACAGUUUUGCAGCAAUGCUCUCGUGUUACUUGUUAUAGGUACAAAUAUGUUCUAUAAGUUUCAUGGGGUAACGGUGUAUCAUCAACAUUUCCAUGGAUGUUUUCCAUGGUGUGACAUUGCAAUACCAUUUCAUGUCUCCUUUUUGGGAAAUUUUUAUCUUGUUAUUAAUUUCAAUUCAGAAAUUCGAAUCUUAUGCAUGCUAGGUGUUCCUGGUCUUCUUUAGACUUGUUCUGUCUUAGUUGGUAAUUAAUGAUGUUUGUAUCAUAUUGCAAGGAAAGUUCUUUGAACUCUCAUGUAUUAGUGGCUCAAUGACAUCUUAAAUGAGACUUAAUUGUCUAUGUUUUUGCUGAAGCAUCUCUAUUGCGGCAUUUAGACAUGUAAGCAUCUAUCACUGAAUUCAAGGUCAUCAAAUUUUUGUUUAUAUAUUUAAAUGAGAUAAGCAAUAUUCUGUGUUGCAUUUCAUAUUCAUGCUGCCUUUAAAUGGAUGUAAGAUGCCAACAUACUACUCAAGUCAGGUUGCAAAUUCUAAUUUUGGUUGAAGAUGUGAUACUUUUAUAUCAUUUACAAACGCAUGAGACUUUGUGAUAUUUGAGUAAAAAUGAUUUGUUCUGGUGGCAGUUGUGAAAGGUCAAUUUCUUCCACUUGUAAAACUUAUAUUUUUCAUCAAAAGAAAGCAAGGCUGUUUGGUACUUUACUAGAAUUGCUGUGUUUAUGGAGUGCUCUAAUUGUAUAACUUAUAUCUGAUUACUUUAAAAUUUGUUGUACAUGCUUGAAAUUCGCUACUUCUCCAUUAUAGACUUGACAUAGAAUUUAUGCUAGUGGAGGAAAGUUAAUUUAAUCAAUAGCUGAAAUCCUGAAAUUUAAUCAAUUGAUGUAUCAUUGUUGAUUCUACUGUUUAAAAUUUCUAUAUAGUUUGGAAUUGAAUUGUCUAUUUGACUAUCUGUUUAUUCUUGUUUAUACUUAUGCAGAAUAUUUAGUCCUGUAUGCACUUAUUGUUUGUAUUGUUGUCUAAAUCCCAAAGCAGAGAUGAUUUUAUAUAUUUAUCCUAAUCUUCUGGUAGAGUUAUUAGUUUAAUAUUUGGCCUGCUUUGAACUUUGAUUCUCUUUUAUGUGUGUAAAUAUAUAUAUAAUUUAAAUAUGUUUUCCAAUUACAACAUCGAUACAGAAUACCUUUUCUGCUGUGUUAUUAAGGAAAUAGCAGGUUAGCAACAUAAUUAGGUACUUAAGCUCAAAGUUUUAUCUUGUUUGGCUGACUUAAAAUGGGAUUUUGUUUUCACCUCUGAAAUUUUUUCUGUACAAGCUGAGGCUGAUGUCAUGCUACCUAAUUUUGAAAGAGUGAAGCUGUUGAAUUUGUGUCAAGUUUCUUACAAAUUUAUU